AUGUAUCAAGCAAAAGAUCUCAUUCAUUUUGCCUCCAGUGACUUCGGAAGUCUUCAUCCAUCAACUAAAGUGAUUGGAACUGAUCUAUCGCCAAUUCAGCCCAGCUUAGUGCCACCAAACCUCCAAUUUGAGAUUGAUGACUGCUGUGACGAGUGGACCUACGCCCCGAAAACUUUCGACUUCGUCCACGUACGUGGUCUAUAUGGAUGUGUUGCUGAUUGGGACGAAUUUUACAAAAGAGCGUUGAGACACCUAAAACCGGGUGGUUAUUUGGAACAAGCGGAGAUUUCCGUCGUUCCAAAGUCCCAAGAUGGCAGUACAGACGGUACUAUCUUCGAUAAAUGGGGUGCAGUAUCCCUUAAGGCUGGAGAUGCUUUUGGCAAGACUCUGCGAAUAUCUGAAGAGGCUAAAGAAAGGAUCAUUGCGGCAGGGUUUGUAGACGUUGUGGAACGCCGUUUUAAGGUCCCCAUCGGACCAUGGGCGAGGGAUCCUCAUCUAAAGGAACUGGGGCGUUAUAAUCGGCUUUACUGGAAAGAAGGCAUUCAAGGGUGGACGAUGAUGCUUUUGACGAAGAUCCUCAAGUGGAAACGAGAAGAAGUUGAAAUAUAUUUGAUGGAAGUUAGACAAGCUCUACGUAACCCGAGCUAUCACGCCUAUCAUGAGUUUAUCGUCGUGUAUGGGCGAAAAGCACCUGAAACAUAA